AUGAAUGUAGUUCAAUACUUUAAAACAAAAGAGGAUUUCAUGAAUUUUAGAAGUAUUAACGAAAAGUGUCUUGAUGUUCUUUCCAUGUUUCAUUUCAACCCCAUUACAGUUUAUGAUUUUCAAUUGUUUCCACAUAUGGAGACUCAAUACAUUUAUUCUGUGUGGGAUGUAAAGCUCCCAUGUAAGGCGUACAAAUUUUGUUUUCUCUUAAACAUUUCUGAAACCAAGAAAUUAAAAGAGCAACUUGGUGAUACUGUGACGUUCAAAUAUAUAACUUAUGAACCCGAAUAUGAUUCAAAAGAGUACAAAACUGAAAAGGUAUAUAUUCCAAAAAUAGUCAAUUAUUUAAGUGGUUGGCAUUACACUCACAACGUCAAAGAAGUGAUAUUUCCAGACAACAUUCUAUCAAUUGAAAGUCAUUUCUUUAGUAAUUGUACAUUACUUGCAAAGGUGAUUUUGCCAAAAUAUCUGACAAGACUUGGGCUUCUCUGUUUUGAGAAGUGCAUGAGUUUAAAGACUCUUACCAUACCAAAGUAUGUUUCUAGUCUUAAUAAACUGUUUUCAGGUAACAAUAAUUUAGAGAAAUUGUCUUUAGAAGGUGACACUGACAUCAAACACGAGUUCUUUGAAAAUCUUGUUCACCUCACUUCAAUCAAUUUUAAACGAAAUGGACUUACAAAUAUGGUUAUCCCAAGUCACUGCAUGUCAUCACAACGAAGUCUGGGCGUCUCAAUACAUCAAUUUAAACAUGUUGGUCUUGAUAAAGUUGAUAUUCAAAUUCUUUCCCAAAACAUCGAGUUCAAAAAACGUGUGACGUUUGAUCCAAAAGUUCUUGUGUUGUUUUAUAAGUGUUUUUCAGAGUGCGUCUUUUUAAAAGAAAUAGAUAUCCCAAGCACUAUUCAAACAAUUGAAAAUUCAUGCUUUUCUAAAUGUCUUUAUUUAUCCAAAGUCACGCUCCCAGACAACUUGACAAGUGUCGGGGAGAUGUGCUUUUCGGGGUGUAAAACACUUUCAAGUAUUAAACUUCCAAAAAACCUUCAAGUCCUCCAUCAAAAGACUUUUUACAACUGUAUUUCUCUCAGAGAAAUUGAAAUUCCUGAACGUGUCAAACUGAUUGAAAGUAAUUGCUUUGAAUGCUGCAGUAAUCUGUCGGCAAUUCACUUUAAAGGAUAUUUCCCAAAAACUAAUAGCGAUUUUUAUAUCAUGUGCAAAGCACUCCAAUUUAUGACAAAGAAAAAGAAACAAGGAAAAAAAUAUACAAUUUCAUAUUCAAAUUCUCGACUAAUUUUAAACGGAAAAUGUCCAAUAGAAAAUGUCGUUUUUAAACAAGGCGAUGAAUUCUGUGAUGAAAGUGGCGAUUUUAAUGUUCAAGGGGAUUUUGUGGAUGGGGUUAUAAGAAAGGUGGACUGUAUCAAACCGGAUUCACAACGCCAAAAAUACAAAUUUAAAAAUCUCACAAUAGAUGAAUGUGAAAUGAAAUCUUUGGUGCAAAAAUGUUUUCAGUUCAAUGAAAAUCUUGAAAGGUUUGUUUUGGGGAACGGAGUCAAAAUAAUUUCAAAAAAGUGCUUUUAUCGCUGUAAAAAUUUAAAGAGUGUUGAAAUCAAUGGAGAAAUAAAAGAAAUUCAAAAAUGCUGUUUUAAAAACUGCGAAAAACUUGAAAGUGUGAUUAUCAGAAAAGAUAUUGAAACCAUUGGCAGACUCUGUUUUGUUAAUUGUCAAUUGCUGAAAAAGUUUGUGUGUAAAAACAUCAAAAAGUGUUUUGUGUCGUCUUUUGAAAACACACAAGUUGAUAUUGAAAGGUUAAAGAAGAAAAUUGGAGUGUUGGUGAAAGAAGAAAAGAAGACGUAUGGGACUAAGUACGUCAAAAAAGAAACGAAGUAUGAACAACAGAAUGAAAGAGAGAUACCUCAAAAAGUUAAAAUUCAAUAUGAAUUAUUUAUUUACAAAUAA